AUGGCCUACCUUGUACCGAUCCAUCGGCCAAGCAGUGUGCGACAUGCUCUGAAGUUACCCUUCCUAGAUCCCUUGGAAGAGGCGUUGAUCGUGGCAAAGUCGAAUCGACUCGAAAUUUAUGCGCAAGCCAUCGAUGGCCUCAUAUUGGUCCACUCAACAUCCGUCUAUGGCUACAUCACAAUGCUUGAAAGGCUGCGGCCUUCCACUUCGACUACAGACCACUUGUUUAUUGGCACAGACCGAUACCAGUACUUUACAGUUUCGUGGGAUGCAUCUCUUAAAAGAUUACGGACCGAGCAGAGUUAUCUGGAUCAGGCGGAUAAGGUGUUGAGAGACUCUCAAGAGGCAGAUCGAUGUCACGUUGAUCCUUCAAGACGAUUUAUGACCCUAGAGCUUUAUGAUGGCGUUGUCACCGUGAUCCCGCUUCAACAGGCCACCGAUAGAGGACCAAGUGCGAAGAGACAGUCGAUAGCCAAACAAGAGGACAGAGGCAUACUCGGAUCGCCAGUGCAAGUUCGGAUAGAGGAGUUGGCGAUUCGGUCGUCAGCGUUUCUGGAUGUUGAUUCAAGCAGUAGAACCAAACCGAGGCUGGCGUUGUUGUGGGAAGAUAACGCGGAGAUUCCCCAGCUCAAGAUCCGAGAGUUGGAGUACUUUCCGGACGCUGCGGGAGAUCAGGCCUCCGCAGAAUUGAAAACCAUUGCUGAAUUCCGGGACCACCUCGACUUGGGAGUCAGUCACCUUGUCCCUGUAUCGGCACCGUAUGGAGGCUUUCUUAUCCUAGGAGAGAGGUCUAUCACCUACGUUGACAGUGAGCUUAAGACUUCCAUUCCACGUAAUCUGGACGAGAACGCUACGCUCUGGGUUGCCUGGGAGAAGAUCGAUGACCAGAGAUGGCUUCUCGCAGAUGAUUACGGCCGAUUGUACUUUUUGAUGAUCAUGGUAGAAGGCAAACGAGUGCAAGAUUGGAGACUGGAUUUGGUUGGCACCACAUCAAAGGCGUCCGCUCUGGUCUACUUGGACAGGGGACACGUUUUCGUAGGAUCACACUCUGGAGAUUCACAAGUCGUCAAGAUUGAAGAAGGCGGGUUGAAAGUUGCGCAAACUUUCGACAAUAUUGCCCCUAUCCUCGACUUUGCUAUUAUGGACCUUGGUAGAGGAACUGAAGGUGGUCAAGCAAAUGACUUCUCGUCUGGUCAGGCUCGACUGGUCACCGCUUCAGGAGCGUGGCAAGACGGUAGCAUUAGGAGUGUGAGAAGCGGAGUCGGGAUAGAAGAGCUGGGUUCACUUGGAGAAAUGUCACAUAUUACAGGCAUGUGGGGUUUGGACUCUACAGGAGACAGUGCUAUGCAAGACACGUUGCUUGUUACGUUCGUGGAUGAGACCAGGAUAUUCACAUUCGACAGCGAAGCGACUAUUGAAGAAGUUGACCACUUUCAUGGCCUUGAAUUAUCAGAAACAACGCUGUCCGCUUCAAAUUUAUCGAAUCGUCGUAUUCUUCAGGUUGCAGAGAUGAGCGUACGAAUAGCAGACCUUGACAGUGGCAUGACGACAUCAACUUGGAGGCCAGCGGAUGGUAGCAAGAUCACUGCAACAGCCAGCAAUGAAGAGAGACUACUUGUUGUUAGCGGUGGGACCACUCUUCAUGUUUUCGAUUUAUCAAACGACCUCACAACCAUAUCUUCGAAGUCUUUUCCUACCGAUUCUCAAAUUGCCGGUAUCGCUAUACCUCCUGCACCGACGUCAGUCUGCAUUGUUGCAUUCUGGCAGUCAGCAUCCAUCGCGAUAAUUGAAAUUCCUUCUCUAGAUACCUUGCAUACCCAAAUCUUGGGCCCAGCAGACACCGCAAUCCCUCGCUCUAUUCUAAUAGCAAACAUUCUCCCUGACUCUCCUCCAAGCCUGUUUGUGGCAAUGGCAGAUGGUACCGUCAUGACGUACACCAUGGAUAUGACCAAGAAUACUUUGAGCAACAUGACACGUAUCGUGCUGGGGUCGGAACCGGUGACAUUCAAAAAGCUCCCUCGUGAUCUGUCAACCGAUUCGGAGUCAACCCUAAGCAAUAUAUUCGCCUCGUGCGAACAACCAUCCUUGAUCUAUGCUUCCGAAGGCCGGAUGGUGUACUCAGCAGUAAAUUCUGACAAAGCCUCUCGGGUGACUCAUUUCAACUCUGUGGCAUACCCCGGAGCUAUCGCCAUUGCAACACCAAAAGAGCUGAAGCUGGCUCUGAUAGAUGCCGAGCGAAGAACACAACUACACACUUUACCGGUCGGUGAGACCGUACGGUGUGUGACCUACUCUGAAGGUCUUAAAAUGUUUGGCAUGGGCUGCGUUAGGCGGAAGCUGGAGAAUGGAGCGGAGAGACUUUUUAGCAGAUUCAAGGUCGCUGACGAAGUCACUUUUAAGCAGCUGGAUUCGGUAGAGCUCGCGGAAGAGGAGCUGGUCGAAUGCACGGUUGUGAUUCCAGUGGCAAAAGAUGAAGAUUCCGACGGCAUUGACAUGUUUGUGGUCGGUACCAGCAUGCAAGAUGAGUUGUCUGAGCAGUUAGUUAAGGGAAGGAUCCUAAUCUAUGAGAUCGACAAGGAGAGGAAGUUGAGCCUGAUGACAGAACUAGGAGUCAAGGGCGCAUGUCGGUCACUAGCCAUUUGUGAUGGCAAGAUUGUGGCUGGUCUGGUUAAGACGGUAAAAGAUAAUCCAUUCCAGCUUUCUGUGGUACUAAUCUGGUUCAAGGUUGUUGUGUAUGCUCUUGUCCCCCCGUCGAUACAUUCACACAAUAUCAACCUCGUGAAAUUAGCCGUCUACCGCACCGCUACUAACCCACUCUCUCUGACUGUCACACCAUCGACGAAAACAUCGCCAGCUCUAAUUGCUGUAGCUGACGUUAUGAAAUCAGUUUCCAUACUGAUGCUGAUCCCACCACCACCUAAUACGGGGCUCAGCUGGGCACUUAGUGAAACUGCUCGUCAUUUUGCUGUUAUGUGGAGUAGCUCCGUCAGCGUCAUUGGCGACAAUGAAUGGGUCGCUGCUGACACGGAUGGCAAUCUCAUUGUCGUUCGAAGAAACGUAAAUGGCGUGGCUGAAGAUGACAGGAAGCGACUCGAAGUUACCUCGGAAUUGAGACUUGGGGAGGUCGUCAACUCGAUAGUCCCUGUACGUAUGUCUAGCGAAAACAUGCUGACCAUGAGAGCUCGAAGCUCGUCUACCACCGCUGGUCCAAAUGCGGCGGCCGACUUACCAGCAGGCCCAGCCGUGACGCCACAAGCAUUCCUUGCCACGAUCGAAGGCGGCGUGUAUAUGCUCGGCACGAUCAGCGCUGGAUAUCAAGAUCUCUUGAUGAGACUACAGCAGGCUGUCUCGGCUAGGACGAAGGGAUUGGGUUAUAUGCCAUGGGCCAAGUACAGGGCAUUCAAGAAUGAAGUGCGGGAAGCCGAUGAGCCGUUUCGAUUUGUGGACGGAGAAUUGGUUGAAGGAUUCUUGAACUUCAGUCAGGAAAAUAUGGAGGGUGUGGUGGCUGAGUUGGGCGCGGGCCUUGGCGUGCAGGCAGUCAAGGGGAUGGUCGAGGGACUGAAGAGACUUCAUUAA